AUGUUAUAAUAAGAAUAAUUAUUUAUUGUUCUAAUAGUGUUAGUUAUAAUUACAAUCAUUAUUGUACAUUUAAUGAACAAAUGUUAAGGAAAAGAAAAAGAAUAAUAAGUUAAAGAUAGAUUAAAAAAGAAGUUUAUUAAAAAUAACAUUGAAACAUUAUUUGACAUGAAUGAAGAAGAAGCUUAAUUACUUUAAUAAACUUUUUAAAAUACACUUCAUAAUUCUAAAUAAGGUAAAAUAGCUAAAUAUGAUGCUAGAAUUUAAAAAAUAUAAGAAAUAAGAUAAAAAACUGUCAAAUUUAUUCUUACACAUGAAUGA